AUGACGCCGCAUCGCCCAGAGCUCCAAGGACGGCGCUUCUGGUCGGGACUGUCCAUCCUGUCCAAGAGAUCCUACGCGACAUCGUCCUUUGAAGCCGACGACGAGCGCUCCGACGGCGACGACGACAUGAGUCUGCGCGACAGCUUCGACAGCGACGAGCGGCCGGGCGUGCCGGCAUACGUCGGGCACGAUGUCAGACCGACCAGCAAGAAAGAGCUUUGGGGAUGGUACAUGUAUGGCUUCGCGGCCGAGACAUAUGUUAUUUGCGGAAUUGCUUCGUUCAUCCCAAUUCUCCUAGAGACGCUUGCUCGAGAAAAUGGCGUCCUCCUCUCCAACCCAGACAAGCCUUGCGGUUCCAGCGACAGCAAAUCCGAGGAUGACGGCCAGUGUGUCGUAUACGUAUUGGGCAUCCCGAUCAACACGGCAAGCUUUGCCAUGUAUACUUUUUCCGCCAGUGUUUUACUACAGGCGCUUCUUGUCGUCAGCAUUAGUUGUGCUGCGGAUCAUGGCAAUUACAGAAAGCGACUUCUCCUCACGUUUGCCUGGAUUGGAGGGUUCUCCGUUAUGUGCUUCAUCUUCAUCAGCAAGACCAACUACCUCAUCGGUGCCUUUUUAACCAUUAUCUCCAACACAUCUUUUGGCGCGUCAUUUGUAUUGCUCAACUCUUUCCUCCCCCUUCUGGUACGAAAUCACCCGGAAGUAACGGAGGCGUAUGUAUCAGAAGCCCCUGACUUGGCCGACUCUCCUCCAGAUGGCCCUCAGGUGGGCGAUUCAACGGACGACCUGGAGGGGUCCAUGGUCAAUUCCACUUCAGGCUUACUUCCUCAUGAUGAUCAGCGCCAAAGGUAUGGACUGAAGCGGGUGGCAACCCACGAAGAAAUCACUUCCAAGGAGCUUCAGCUGUCUACGCGUAUAUCUUCUUUGGGCAUCGGCAUUGGCUACAGUGCUGCCUUGUUUGUGCAGUGUGCCUCUAUUGGCAUCCUCAUAGCCAUGAAAAAUACUACUUGGUCACAGCGGGUUGUGCUGUUUAUCAUUGGGGCUUGGUGGUCUGUUUUCACCAUCCCUGCUGCGAUGUGGCUUAGACCCCGACCGGGACCGGCUCUGACCAUUGAUGGACGCAAAGAAGGUGCUUCAUGGUGGGUAUACUUGAAAUUUGCAUGGAAAUCUCUAUUUCGCACAAUCCAGCUAGCGAGACGGCUGCUCGAUAUCGUUCUCUUCCUGGGCAGUUGGUUCCUUCUUUCGGAUGCAAUUGCCACGACAUCCUCUACUGCCGUCUUAUUCGCCAAAACCCAGCUUCACAUGAAGCCGUGGGCCUUGGGCAUGAUUAACGUCAUCGCCACAAUGGCUGGAAUAUUUGGCGCUUUUGGCUGGUCCUGGGUAUCUAGGACGUUCAACCUGAAACCCCAUCAGACGAUUCUCGUCUGUAUUGCGCUGUUUGAGCUCAUCCCGAUUUAUGGCUUGAUGGGUUACCUCCCGUUCAUUAAGCGCUGGGGUGUCAUGGGACUGCAACAACCUUGGGAGAUGUACCCCCUAGCGGCCGUGUAUGGCCUCGUCAUGGGAGGGCUGAGCAGCUACUGCCGCUCGCUUUUUGGCGAGCUGAUCCCACCCGGAUCCGAAGCCGCCUUUUACGCGCUGUAUGCCAUCACCGACAAAGGGUCCAGCGUUUUUGGCCCUGCUAUUGUUGGAGCCAUUAUCGACAAGACCGGGAGCAUUAGGCCUGCGUUUUGGUUCCUCGGCGCCCUUGUUGGUUUCCCCGCUCCCCUCAUCUGGUUCAUCGACGUUGAGCGUGGCAAGAGGGAAGGCGAGAGGCUUGCCGAGACCAUCGAAGGCUUUGAGCCCGAGGGCCAUUCGGAAGAGGACGAAGACGAGGAAUCAGCUCGCGGAAUGCUGGCAGACUAUGAAGCCACCGAGGGCAAUGGCACCGCAACUCAUCGACGGUGAGAUGUUGUCUGAUCUUGGCUGCAACUGGUUAUCAUGGUCGAGGUACUUUUCUCUUGGUUGUUGUCUCUUCCUGACUGGACAGGACUUGGAAAUAGCCUAUUACAAGUAGGUAUGCAUAGCGUAGGCGUUUUGGUUGAUUAGUAAACUCUGGACUCUUCCCUUGGAAACACGGUAGAGUUUGAUUCGGAGGCUACUUGGCCACUAUUUCGUUUGUUUGCGAAAGUUGAAGUUGAGGGCUAGGUAGCAAGUAAUACGGAACGGAUUGGGUAUUCGGUUAGUAAUAAUACUUUGUUGCUUCAU